GAGCAAAAUUUGUCAAUGCAGGAAUAACUCAGUUUCAGGAAUUGGAAUAUCAGCAUAAUGAAUUAAAGAAAAUUUAUGAAGAAUUACUAAACCAUGACCAGUCUUUAACCGCUCGAAUAAAAGAUUUGGCUUCCGAAAACAUUCAUUUAGUAAGACAAAUUGAGCAUCAGGAGCAAAAGAAUAAGCGGUUAACAAGUUCAACCUCCGCCGGGGGAGGUCUUUCUUUGUUUGCGGAACUGAACCAGGCCAAUAAAUCCGAAGAAACUGAGAAAAAAAUUGCUGAAUUGGAGCAACAAUUGACCGAAAAAGAGAAACAACUAAUUGCUUCAGAAACUAAGUUGCUGGAAUUAGAAGCCCGAACUAAAAACGAACAAAGAGAUUAUUUAGAAAACGAGACUCAAAAAAAUGCUUGA